UGCCUCCGAGCCCAGGCGGCACAACAUGGGGCCUCUAAGGCCCUGGGCCCGACUCCCACUACUGGCCGCGGCCCACCUGCUGGCCCUGGGGAUGGGGGCUGCUAUGCUCCAAGCCCUGGAGGGGCCUCCAGCCCUCCAGCUCCAGGCCAAGCUCAGGGCUGAGCUGGCCGCUUUCCAGGCGGACUAUGGGGCCUGCCUGCCACCUGGGGCCCUGGAGGAGCUGCUGGCCGCCGCCCUGGCUGCCCAGUUGCGCGGGGUCUCCGGCUGGGGCAAUGGCUCAGAGGCUGGCAACUGGGAUCUGCCCUCCGCCCUGCUCUUCACCGCCAGCAUCCUCACCACCACGGGUUAUGGCUACACGGCCCCGCUGUCGGCAGGUGGAAAGGCCUUCUGUGUGGUCUACGCGGCCCUGGGGCUGCCGGCCUCGCUAGCACUCCUGGCCGCACUGCGCCACUGCCUGCUGCCUCUGCUCAGCCGCCCAGGGGCAUGGGUGGCCGUCCAGUGGCAGCUGGCCCCGGCCAGCGCUGCGUUGCUGCAGGCGGCCGGACUGGGCCUCCUAGUGGCUGGUGCCUUCGUGCUGCUGCCAGCGCUGGUGCUGUGGGGCCUCCAGGGGGACUGCAGCCUGCCGGGGGCCAUCUACUUCUGCUUCAGCUCACUCAGCACCAUCGGCCUGGGGGACCUGCUGCCGGGCCACGGCCGUGGCCUGCAUCCAGCGCUUUACCGCCUCGGCCAGCUUGCGCUUCUCGGUUACUUGCUCCUCGGACUCCUGGCCAUGCUGCUGGCUGUGGAGACCUUCUCAGAGUUACCCCAGGUCCGAGCCGUGGUGAAGUUCUUUGGGUCCAACGGCCCACUGACCGCUGAAGACCAAAGUGGCAUCAUAGGCCAAGAGGAACUGGCCCUGGACACCCUGCCACCCUCAGCUGCAGCCCCAGAACAGGCCCCAACUUGCUGACAGGUGCCUGGUGAUGGAGUUGAGCUCCCGUCAGGACAAGCUUGAGGAGGAACCCUCCAGAGAUGGGAGGGGAGGGCAUGAUUGUAAGGAUCUCCCACAAUCGUGUAUUUUUUUUAAAGGGGAAAGGCAAUAA